AAUAGAUAAAGAGAUGCUGUAAUCAAAUUUGCACUGGUUAGUAACAUAGUAAGAGUUCAACACAUUAUAACCUCACGGUGUUUGAUAACUGGGACUCCCCGUUUCCCUACUUUAUGAAAUCCCGUUGGCACACGAACUAACGUAUUUAAGAGCAGAAAAGAUGCUACAAUAAUCAUAGUAUCUUUAUCUCUCUGUAUGAACAGACGUUUAUAUUGCUAUAACCGCAAUAUUAUAUUCAAUAUGAAGUUCUUAGUAGUUUUUUUGUCUCUCGCUGUUUUUUUGCAAUGCGAAGCUAAACUCUUGAGCAGAUGUGAGUUGGUGCAGCAGUUACGGAGUCAUGGGUUUCCUGAGGAUAAAAUGAGGGAUUGGGUCUGUUUGGUGGAAAACGAGAGUUCUGGCCGUACGCACAAGAUUGGCAAAGUAAAUAAGAACGGAUCCCGGGACUACGGUCUCUUCCAAAUCAACGAUAAAUACUGGUGCAGCAAUACCAGCACUGCUGGUAAAGAUUGCAACGUCACUUGCGCUGAUCUUAUUACUGAUGACAUCACGAAAGCGGCGAAAUGCGCUAAGAAAGUGUUCAAACGUCACGGCUUCAGAGCUUGGUACGGUUGGAGGAACAAAUGCCAGGGUUCUCUACCCGAUAUUAGUUCCUGCUAGAAGAUAAGAAGGAGUAGAUCCAAAGAUUUGUUUCAAAAAAUCUCUUUAUAUUAGAUUAUGGAAUAUUUAAUUUGUUUAACUAAUUGUGUGAUAAUAAAUAUUUAAAUGUAAAA